UUUAAAAUGACAAUAAAAACUAGAAAUGUAGAACGAUUUUAGCUCGAUCUUUGAUACCUCCUACAUAUAUAUUGAAUACAUGCAUCUGCUCAGACGGCUCCCACCCCUCCCGUGAUCAAUUUCAUGCAUAUUAUUCUUGGGGGAUUAAUUUAUUUGCAACAUUGAUCAGGUAUGGAUCCAUUGGGAAACGCAAGAGUCGUUCGGCUGAAAGAACACAACAAAGGGAAGUAUCUGGUCGCGAAUAACGACGAGAAGACGUUGAAGCAGGGCCGCGAUGGUUCCUCAGUAAACGCGCUUUGGACGGUGGAAGUGGUCGACGGGCAACGCUACCUGCGGCUGAGGAGCUGCCACGGGAAAUACCUGACGGCGUCAAACAUGCCGUUAAUCCCCAGGGGGAGGUGCCAGAGGGUGGUGGCGAGUUUGCCGGACCGAAAGACCUCCUCCACGGAGUGGGAGGUGGAAGGGGAAGGGAUCGUGCGCCUCAAGACUCGCUACGGCCAAUUCCUCAAGCGGAACGGCGGGAUCAUGCCGUGGAGGAACUCGCUCGUGCACAACAACCGCGUCAGGAGAUCCUCGCUCUGGGAAAUCGAGGUGGUCGAUGCUGAGGCCGCCGCCUUCGAGGAGGAGGCGGCGGCGGCGGCGGUUAGCCACCACCAACGUUCUGCCUCUGAUUCCGCCAUCGUCAAAUCGCAAGCUUUCGCUGCCAUUAAGUUCCCCAAUCUGGCUGGUUUGAAGCUUAAACGUUCCGGACAAGAUGAAGGAUCGCGUGAUGUGUGCUGAAUUAUUAGAGGUGUACGUUCAUUCUAGUUUUAGGAGGUUUUUCGUUUUUCUUGUCCCCCAAUUUUUUGUAAUUGAUUUUUUUUUUUGGGAGGUGUAAUUGAUUCUGAUUUUAUAUGAAUGAAACCUAUAAUUAUUCACAAAACCGAAA